GAAGCCCAGAAUGCAACGCAAACGGGCAGAGGCCGGAGGGCGGGACUGCAACACCCAGAAAUGCCGCAAGACCCAGGGAUAAGACUACAAGUCCCAGAGUACAAUGCUGCAGAGCAACUAUGACAGCAAAUCCCAGGAUGCAUUGCGAUGGGGUCUCCCAGUCCCAGGGUGCAGUGCUCCUUCUCCUCUGAAGGCUCACGUGCAUGGUGUAAUGCAGCUGCAAACUGCUGCUGGAGGGGCCUGGCAGCAGCUGCAGAAGAAGACCAAGGCCUGCCCUCGGCUGGAUCUGGUGACCCGUGACCGCCCUCGCCGAGCGGGACCAUGCGUCUGACCGCCCUGCUGGCCAUGGCGGCCAGGGUGAAGCUGCCUCCGGACUAUCGCCACGGUGUCUACCGGCCCUGGACGGCCGCGGCCAAGGCCAACAACCCCCCCGGGCGGAGACGCAAGAAGGUGUUUGUGGAGCCCAUCAGCAAGGAGGACUGGAAGGUGUUCCGUGGAGACACGGUGGAGAUACUAAUUGGGAAGGAUGCCGGGAAACAAGGAAUGGUGAACCAGGUCAUCCGAGCUCGCAACUGGGUCUUUGUGGAAGGUUUGAAUACGCAUUACUGUUACAUCGGGAAAACCGCCGAUUACCCGGGGACGUACAUCGCCAGCGAGGCACCCUUGCUGCUCCGACAGGUUGCCCUGGUCGACCCUACAGACAGGAAGCCCACCGAGGUGGAGUGGCGCUACACCGAAGAGGGUGAGCGAGUGAGGGUGUCUCUGCGAACCGGCAGGAUCAUCCCUGCACCUGUCCACCAGCGCCGGGACGGCAUCAUCCCAGAGCAGUGGAAAGAUGGGCCAAAGGACACCUCGGUGGAUGACGCGCUGGACAGAACCUAUCAGCCGUCCCUGAAAAUAUUCGAAGAAGAAAUCCUGGAGCUGCAGGGCAUCGUGGAGACGCGUCGAGCCAAGAAAUCCUAUUGGUAUUAGCACCUCUGCAGCGAGCGGCCUCUGCCUGCGACCCCAGCACUAACGCCACGUGGCUGGUGGGCGGCCCGCUCUCCUGGAGUCCCCAGUUGUCUUCGUACGUCUGGACAGCAAAGGCCUGGCUGCCCAGCCCAAGGCGAUAGCUGUGGCUGCAGGCCCCUUGCAAUCAGGGCCUGCCCCUCCCGCCGGCCAGCCGGCAAUAAAGACGUCCUGAUCCCUUUUGUAUGCCA